AUGGCGAAUCUCGGUCGAAAUGAACCAAACACCACCAACAACACACCAGCACCCCACCAGAUAGGGUUCGACGACUUUCUGUCUGCCCUCAUGGCCCUCAAAACCGAGGAACCCAGCGCCUCUCAGGCCACCGCAGGCUACCAGCACGGCAUCCUCAACCAGUUCUCCGUCCCAGAGCCCACGAUCGAUGAGGCCCCAGUAUAUCCAACGCCAACCAAUAGACAAUUCCCUGGAAAGGAAAAAAAAGACGACAAAGAAUUCCGACAAGCUGCAGAAUUUAUCCAUCAGGUCGGGCUACAGUUGGCGGCCGCGCAACUGGAUCCCUACAGCGAGGUCCAUCCGAUGGACCAAGGUAUUCGGAACUGGCUACACACGUAUCCGAAAGUAUGGAACGUGUACGUGGACAAGGAUUUCGAUCGCCGCAUAUGGCUUGCGGAUGCCCGUCUCAACCACCACAAAGCCCAGCAGGCCGCCCCCAUCUCUAGGGCUUCAGAUCGCCACCAGCUACCUCAUCAACGCAAGGCGCUGAGGACAAGACCACCCAGCCCCCUCCUGUACAGAACACAGCAGCUGAUACGAAUGGCAAGGAUGCUGAGAAUGGAGGGGUACAAGACAAUGGCAUCCAAGAAGAAGAUGUCAAAGUACAACAAGACCAAGACGACGACGCUUCAGCGCUGGCGGCGGAUGAGGAGGUCCCGUGGGGCCCUCAUGGACUGA